AUGGUCGAUGCGGACGCGAUCUCUGCUCUCUCGCAGGCGUCACAAGAGCCGCCGAUCUUCACUGACACGGACGCAACGCGCGGCGACGACGUGCAGGCGCACAAGGCCGCGUUCUUCUUCAAGCUCGAGCGUGAGCUGGAGAAGAUCAACCUCUUCUACCUGCAGAAGGAGGCCGAAUUGCGGCUUCGCCUUGAGACGCUGCUAUCCAAGCGACGAGCUGCCGUCCUGCGUGGUGUGCCCUCUAGCCCAGACGAUGUGGCGCAGAAGAACGUAGAAUGGAGCGCGGUAGAGGAGGGCUUCCGCCUGCUUGAGCGCGAUCUCGGCAAGCUCCAGGUAGAUAUGCUCGCGCACCCGCGUGCCACUCAUCCGCCCACAUACCCGCUAGCAAUAUAUAGAGAUCAAUGCCACCGGCUUUCGCAAGAUCCUCAAGAAGUUCGACAAGCGGUCGAAGAGCUCAACGAAGGAACUGUAUCUUGCGCGUCAGGUUGA